AGCAGGAGCAAACUAACAGGAGUACUACAGUUGAGACACGUCUCGCUGUUUGCUGUUAAAGACAAAUUACAGUAAACUAAGGUUGCGGGGAUUUCCAAACUACACGACAGAGUUUCUGCACACUGAUAUGGCUUCACUGUCUGAAGAUCAGUUUCUGUGCUCCAUCUGUCUGGAUGUGUUCACUGAUCCAGUCAGCACACCAUGUGGACACAACUUCUGCAAGAAUUGCAUCACUACACACUGGAAUAUUAAUGUUCCCUAUCAGUGUCCCAACUGUAAAAAUAUUUUUGACACAAGACCUGAGCUGAAGGUCAAUACUUUUGUCUCUGAGAUGGUUUCUCACUUCAGACAGUCAGCUCAACAGAGAGCCAGCAGCUCAGAGCAACAAGCUGCUGAACCAGGAAACGUUCCCUGUGACGUCUGCACUGGACCCAAAGUGAAGGCCCUGAAGUCCUGCCUGGUGUGUCUGGUCUCCUACUGUGAGACUCACCUGGAGCCUCAUCUGACAGCGUCAGGCCUGAAAAGACAUCAGCUGAUCGACCCUGUGGAGAACCUGGAAGGCAGGAUGUGUAGGAAGCACGAUAAACCUCUGGAGCUGUUCUGUAAGACCGACCAGAGGUGUGUCUGCAUGCUCUGCUCUGUUUUGGAUCACAAGUCACAUGAUGUUGUGCCUCUAAAAGAAGAAUAUGAAAGAAACUUGGCCAAGCUUGGAAAGACAGAGGCUGGAGUUCAGCAGAUGAUCGAGGAGAGACGACUCAAGAUUCAGGAGUUUAAACGUUCAAUCAAUAUCAGCAGAGAAAUUGCAGACAGAGAGAUAGCAAUCAAAAAUCAUGUCUUCACCGAGCUGAAGGAGGCUAUUGAGAGAAACCAGGCCAAACUUAUUGAGUCGACUGAAGAAAAGCACAGAAUGACAGAGAAACAGGCUGAAGGCUUCAUCAAAGAGCUGGAACAGGAAAUCUCUGAGCUGAAGAAGAGAAGCGCUGAGCUGGAGCAGCUCUCACACUCAGAAGACCACCUUAACCUUGUCCAGAAGUUUCCAUCUCUGGAUGCUGCUCCACCCACCAAGAACUGGACAGAGGUCAAAGUCUGUCCACCUUCAUAUGAGGGGACUGUGGGGACAGCUGUUGAUCAGUUGGUGGAGAUGCUCAAAAAUGAGAUGAAGAAGCUUCUCACAAACAUUGAGUUAAAGACAGUCCAGCAGUAUGCAGUGGACGUCACACUUGAUCCUGAUACAGCACAUCCCCGACUCAUCCUGUCUGAAGAUGGGAAACAAGUACAUGAUGGUGCUGUGUGGAAGAAUCUCCCAGAAAACCCAAAGAGAUUUUCUCUUGGUCUCUGUGUCUUGGGGAAGCAGUUUGUUUCUUCAGGAAGAUUUUACUUCCAGGUUCAGGUGAAAGGGAAAACUAAAUGGGCUUUAGGAGUUGUCAGAGAGUCAGUCAACAGAAAGGGGCCAAUCACUGCAAGCCCAAACAAUGGUUACUGGACAAUACAUUUGAUGAAUGAAAUUAUCUACCAUUCUGUUACUGAGACCUUAGUCCGUCUCUCUCAGAAGUCAAAGCCUGAGAAGGUGGGGGUGUUUGUAGAUUAUGACGAGGGUCUGGUCUCCUUUUAUGAUGUUGAUGCUGCAGCUCUCAUCUACACCUACACUGGCUGCUCCUUCACUGGAAAACUCCUCCCAUUCUUUUUUCCCUGUGCAGAUCAGGAUGGUGAAAACUCUGCCCCUCUGAUCAUCUGUCCUGUCAACCCUACUUAGUGGAAUGACAUGUCAUUUUCUGCAAACUGACAGAGUGUGAGAUGAGAUGAGAUAAGAUGAACUUUCUUAAUACCAAAGGAAAGUUUUGCACUUUCCACUUCUUAAUGUAACAGAUCCCAUAAUUUAGCAGUAAUAUACAGUGUUUGUUUUCUUCUGGUUAUAAUUAACAGUGAUUUUGCCGUCUUUAUUUUAUCACAAUAUGCAAAAAAGAAAAAACAUUAUUUUGACAGGUAUUGCGUUUGUAAUAUGAGUCACAAUUUUAAUGGGAAUGGUCAUUUUUAGAGUUCAUAUUCACUGAAAAUAUAUGUUAAAAGAUAUAAAAAUGAUAAUGUGAUUUUUUUGGGUGUCUGUACCAAACAAGCAUGUUUCCUUAUGUGUGGAAUAUGAUUUGAAGGCUCGGGGAUCUCUGUAACACUAGUUCAUUUAUAAUGGUACGUUGUGACGCAUUUUACCUUCAUCCAAACAUUGCAGCUCCUGUGGUUUGAAUAUUGCACUUGGCAAUAAUGAGAUUUUGGUAAUAUUUUGAUUAAUAGUGGAGACCUUUAUUACACAUCCCAUUGCUACUUUCUACUGCAGCACUAUGAUCUGAUAACAAGUGGUUUUAUUGAUCUUGUAUCAUGUCGUGUAAUCUAAGUGUUAAAGUGGUUCUUUGUUUAUUUAGCUGAGCUACCUUAUGUUGUUUUGGAUACUUUAUAUGCAAGUUAAUCUCUAUCUUUGUGUAACUGCCUGUUUGCCCAAACUACAUCUGCUGUGAUUUUAAAGAACUGAUUAAAUUUUAAAUUAAACAGCAGGUGACCUUCAUGCCUUUAGCCUACAUGUUCUAUCAGUUGUCCAGUUUUAACAUCAGUUUUUAUUUAAAAAAAAAAAAAAAAAAAAAAAAGGACAAAUAUAAUGACAUAAUGACGUCUUUUCAAAUGGAACUUUUUCUAGGUGACAUGUAUUAAAUGGUGGAUGUCUAUGGUUAAAAAAGAACUUCUCACUUCAACAUAUUAAGAAGUUUGUAAAAUUUCAAACAUGACCUCCUUGUGUCAGAGCAACAGCCAUAUUAUCUGUCUGCCCGUAUGUCUGCAUAUGCUGUAUAAUGAAU